UUCCAAUCAGCCGGAUGUCCCGCCUCCCCAGUUUUUCCUGGUUCUGGCUGCGGCAAUGGCGGCUCUGACAGAAGUGCAGCGGUUACAGGCCCGGCUAGAGGAGCUGGAGCGCUGGGUGUACGGGGCGGGCGGGGCGCGCGGCUCUCGGAAGGUAGCUGAUGGCUUGGUUAAGGUGCAGGUGGCUUUGGGGAACAUUUCCAGCAAAAGAGAGAGGGUUAAAGUCCUGUAUAAAAAGAUCGAAGACCUGAUAAAAUACCUGGAUCCUGAGUACAUUGAUCGGAUUACUGUUCCUGAUGCUGCCAAAUUGCAAUUCAUCUUAGCAGAGGAGCAGUUUAUUCUCUCCCAAGUGGCACUCCUGGAGCAGGUGGAGACCUUGGCUCCCCUCCUGGACAGCUCUCACAUCAAAGCUGUUCCCAAGCAUGCUGCCCGGCUGCAGGCCCUGUCACAGAUCCACAUCCAGCAGCAGGAUCAGUGCGAGGAAGUCACUGAAGCCACCAAGGCGCUCCUGGAAGAGUACAACAAGAUGACGAUUCUCCUCUCCAAGCAGUUUGUUCAGUGGGAUGAGCUCCUGUCCCAGCUGGAGGCAGCGAAACAAAUCAAACCAGCAGCAGAGUGAGGGAAGGCAUUUGUUGGUUGAGUUCCCUCCUAGAACAUGUUCCCCACUCAGGGCCCUCCAUUUCCCUGUAUUUAAUGUCUCAGGCACCCACCCAGGUGGGUGCCACCUGCCUGUGCCCCCUCAGCUUUGUAUCUUGCCCUUUCACUUGGGAUGAGGAUGGGCUAUGUUUUUAAUGGAGUUGGGAGAAGAGACUUGAAGGGUUACUAUUCUUUAGUCGGCCCCAAUGUGAAUGUGUGAAAAGGAUACCUGGCAGUCACUGCCUUUCACUCACUCUGGCUGGAAGUUCUGGGGGGAUCAGAAGUCAAGGUGACUUGCAGACAUGCAGGCCUUGUCUCUGGGUUCCUUCUUUUCAGCUAUAUCAUCAUCUUCUCCUUUACUCCCUUCCCCACCCAAAACCUACACCACACAAUAAAAAUCGAACUCUGUUGUCCUUAUUACUAUACUAAUAAAGAACUGACACAGAAAAAAA